CUCCAACCCUCCAGUGGGGGGUCAGCGUCGCCGGCGUGCGGGAGGGGCGGGUCCCGCGGGCCCCCGGCCCCAGGGCUCCCGGCGCCGCCCCGCGCCCCGCGCCCACGUGAGCGCGCGGACACCCCAGCGCUCGGCGGCGGCGGCGGCUCGGCCUCCGCAGCGCGCGCCCUGCAGAUAGACCAUGAGCAGCCACGGCAACAGCCUGUUCCUGCGGGAAAGCGGCCAGCGGCUGGGCACGGCGGGCUGCCUACCAGGGCUGCAGGACCGGCUCCAGCAGAGGGCGCUGCGCACGCGCCUGCGCCUGCAGACCAUGACGCGGCAGCACGUGCAGCGCUUCCUGCGCCGGAACGCCUUCAUCCUGCUGACCGUCAGCGCUGUGGUCAUUGGGGUCAGCUUGGCCUUCGCGCUGCGCCCUUGUCAGCUCACUUACCGCCAGAUCAAGUAUUUCUCCUUCCCUGGAGAGCUUCUCAUGAGGAUGCUGCAGAUGCUGGUGCUGCCUCUGAUUGUGUCCAGCUUGGUCACAGGUAUGGCGUCCUUGGAUAACAAGGCGACAGGGAGGAUGGGUAUGCGGGCAGCGGUCUACUACAUGGUGACUACAGUCAUCGCGGUCUUCAUUGGCAUCCUUAUGGUCACCAUCAUCCAUCCCGGGAAGGGCUCCAAGGAGGGGCUGCACCGCGAGGGCCGUAUUGAGACCAUCCCCACAGCUGACGCCUUCAUGGACCUUGUGAGAAAUAUGUUUCCGCCCAAUCUUGUGGAGGCCUGCUUCAAACAGUUCAAGACACAGUACAGCACAAGGCUGGUCACCAGGACUGUGGUGCGGACAGAUAAUGGGUCAGACCUGGGGGCCUCUAUGCCUUCCCCAUCCUCCAUGGAGAAUGGAACAAGCCUUCUGGAAAAUGUCACACGUGCCUUGGGCAGCCUGCAGGAGGUGCUGAGCUUUGAGGAGACUGUCCCCGUGCCAGGCUCUGCCAAUGGCAUCAAUGCCCUGGGCCUUGUGGUCUUUUCUGUGGCCUUUGGGCUGGUCAUCGGUGGCAUGAAGCACAAAGGUCGGGUCCUGCGGGACUUCUUUGACAGCCUCAAUGAGGCCAUCAUGAGGCUGGUUGGCAUCAUUAUCUGGUACGCACCGGUGGGCAUUCUGUUCCUCAUCGCAGGGAAGAUUCUUGAGAUGGAAGACAUGGCUGUCCUGGGGGGCCAGCUGGGCAUGUAUACCUUGACGGUCAUCGUGGGCCUCCUCCUCCAUGCUGGCGGGGUCCUGCCCCUUAUCUACUUCCUUGUCACUCAUCGGAACCCCUUCCCUUUCGUCGGGGGCAUGCUGCAGGCGCUCAUCACUGCCAUGGGCACGUCUUCCAGCUCAGCAACUCUGCCCAUUACCUUCCGCUGCCUGGAAGAGGGCCUGGGCGUGGACCGCCGCAUCACCAGGUUCGUGCUGCCGGUGGGGGCCACGGUCAACAUGGACGGCACCGCCCUCUACGAGGCCCUGGCUGCCAUCUUCAUCGCCCAAGUCAACAACUAUGAGCUGAACUUGGGCCAGAUCACGACCAUCAGUAUCACGGCAACAGCAGCCAGUGUCGGGGCCGCAGGCAUCCCCCAGGCUGGGCUGGUCACCAUGGUCAUUGUGCUUACAUCCGUCGGCCUCCCCACAGAAGACAUCACGCUCAUCAUCGCCGUGGACUGGUUCCUUGACCGCCUGCGCACAAUGACCAACGUUCUGGGGGACUCCAUCGGAGCAGCUGUCAUCGAGCACUUGUCCCAGAGGGAGCUGGAUCUGCAGGAAGCUGAGCUGACUCUUCCCAGCCUGGGGAAGCCCUACAAGUCCCUCAUGGCCCAAGAGAAGGGGACGUCCAGGGGACGGGGAGGUGGCGAGAGUGCCCUGUGAGGCCUGGCUCUGCCACCCAGAAAGGAGGCUGGAGGGAGACCCAACAUCCUCCUGACCAUGAGCACACACAUAUCAUCCUCAUGUUUGGUGGCAACAGAGAUAAAGGCACAGGAAUGAGCACGUGUGACUCUCCGUUUCUCUGUGUAUGUACUGGGAACCCUGUGGGAAGCAGCCAGGUGGGCAGGGGAGGGGGGCUUCUCUGAUGGUGGGGGCCCUUAAGGGCCCACAUGGGGUGGUUGGGUGCCUUGGGUU